AGAGGAAGCGCCAUCUCUGAUUCUCUUCUACACUCUACAGACGGAGCUUCAAACAAUUUCAGAAAGCGAGAGAGAUGUCAGCUGCAAUUCAUUGCCUAUCUCCAUGCCUAUCCCUCCCCUCCAGAUUCAGCAAGCUUUCACUCAAUGGCCCUUCUACUUCCUCUGCCACUACUCAUUCCACAACUUCCCUCAGUUUCUCAGCUACCCUUUCUCCCAAUUUCUUCUCCAAAGGGUAUCUGGCUGUGAGUCCACUUCAGAGGCCGGUUCGGCAUUCCAUUGUUUGUGAGGUCACCACGAAGAAGCCCGACUCUGCUGUGAAGAGAGCUCGACAGGCCGAAAAGAGGAGGAUUUACAACAAAUCCCGCAAAUCCGAAAUCAAAACCCGGAUGAAGAAGGUUUUGGAAGCUCUGGAUGGGCUGAAGAAGAAGCCAGAUGCUGCACCCGAAGAGGUCCUUUCUAUUGAGAAGCUCAUUGGAGAGGCAUACUCCAUCAUUGACAAAGCAGUUAAGGUGGGAACUCUGCACAGGAAUACUGGAGCACGAAGAAAGUCUCGACUGGCUAGAAGAAAGAAAGCUGUUGAAAUCCACCACGGCUGGUACACCCCAACUACAGAGGCUGCUAGUGCCUGAUAAAACUCCUUUGUUGGGUCAGUCGUUUACUAUUUUGCCGUUGUAAUGUGUAGCAUUUGUCCUUUGAAUGUUUGCACCUCUCCUUUAUAUGGUACAUGAUUAACCGUAUUCAUUUUUCUUCUAGUUCGCCAAAUUUGUAUACUUACUGACUGUUGUUUAAGUUA